AUGCACAACAUUGCUGGAGGACCAGUUAGCCACGAAAGGCUGGUCAAACUGGCGGCCUUCGUUCCCCUACCCUCUAAGUACACUUUGAUGACGGUUUUGUGUGUUCUAUUGUCCACCUAUGUGCUGAAUGUGCUUUGCGCGGAGAAGAAAGUCGACAAACUUCAAAUCGGAAUCAAGAAAAGGGUUGAAAAUUGCGACAUGAAGUCCAGAAAAGGAGACGUUUUGCAUAUGCACUACACCGGCACCUUGAUGGACGGCACCGAGUUUGAUUCCAGCCGCACUCGAAACGAGGAAUUUACAUUCACUUUGGGAAUGGGACAGGUGAUCAAGGGAUGGGACCAGGGGCUACUCAAUAUGUGCGUUGGAGAACGUCGAAUUCUGACUAUCCCUGCUCACCUAGCCUAUGGAGAACGAGGAUCUCCUCCUAAGAUCCCUGCAAACGCGCCGCUCAAAUUCGAUGUCGAACUCAUGAAGAUUGAUCGCAAAGACAGAGAGCUGUGAUUGUACUGCUCAACUCACGUUAAUUCUGCUCAUUUACAAGAUCGUCUUGUCAAAGUUAUUUAUUGAUGAUAUCUGUUAUGUCAAGGUCUCCUUGAAUGUUUUUUUUUUCAUUUUCUUCUUUUCUGUAAGUCAUUUGCGUAAGUCAUGGCAGGGAUAAAUUUUUUUCUGCGUUCA